UAGAUGGAGAAAGAAUGAGUACAACCAAAUAAUGUCCUUUAGACAGGACAUGAAGCAAGGAAAGGAGUAAACAGAGGAAUCCAAGCAAUGCCAAACUAAACCUCAGUUGUCAAGUAAAUUAAAAACCUUUCCAAAGUAUCCCACAUGACUUCAUCCCCUUCAUUUCUAUUGGGUGUGAAACAUAUAAAUAGCCACAAGAUUUUGCUGAAUUAAUUAAUUAACGAACAUAACUUUUUCUGGUAAUUUUGUUACUAUAGGAAAGAGAGAUGAACAUUCUUGGCAUAUGGGUGAUGUUUGUGGUUGUAGCUGUUUCAGCAGUAGCAGGAGCAGGUUCUGGGGAUAUUAAUCAGCAGCAGAAAUGGUGGAAAUGGAUGUCAUCAAGUUCUGGAGCAUCUUCAUCAUCAGUGGUCAAUCCAGUUGUCUCUUCUUCAAUUGUCCUACCACUCGUUGGCAAUGUCUAUCCCCUUGGUUAUUACUAUGUUCAACUGAAUAUAGGGCAGCCUUCAAGGCCUUUCUUUCUUGAUCCUGACACUGGCAGCGACCUCACCUGGCUCCAAUGUGAUGCUCCCUGUGUUCGCUGCACAAGAGCGCCUCAUCCAUUCUACAAACCAAACAAUGACCUUGUGCCAUGCAAGGACCCGCUUUGUGCCUCGUUGCACCAGGGUGAUCACAGAUGUGAGAGUCCAGAACAAUGUGACUAUCAGGUUGACUAUGCCGAUGGAGGUUCAUCUCUAGGUGUCCUUCUUAAUGAUUUGUUUACGUUCAACAUGACCAAUGGUGCUUGGAUAAUACCUCGUUUGGCUUUAGGGUGUGGAUAUGAUCAGUUACCUGGUCAAGCUUUUCAUCCUUUGGAUGGAGUGCUUGGUCUUGGGAAAGGAAAAGCGAGCAUUGUGUCUCAGCUUCACAGCAAGGGUCUAGUGCGAAAUGUGGUAGGCCAUUGCUUGAGUGGCAGAGGAGGAGGCUUUCUCUUCUUUGGAGAUGAGGUUUAUGAUUCCUCACGCAUAGUCUGGACUCCUAUGGCACAUGAUCACAUGAAGCACUAUUCAGCAGGAUCUGGAGAACUCAUAUUUGGAGGUAAAGGCACAGGAUUCAAGAACCUUUUUGUGGUCUUUGACAGUGGAAGUUCCUUCAGUUACCUAAACUCACAUACAUACCAAGGUUUCAUUUCACUAUUGAAGAAAGAACUGAAUGGGAAGCCGCUAAGAGAAACAAAGGAUGACUAUACACUCCCAUUAUGCUGGAAGGGCAGGAGACCUUUCAAAACCAUAAAUGAUGUGAAGAAAUACUUCAAGCACUUUGCACUUAGCUUUUCCAAUGGACGGAAAUCCAAAGUUCAUUUCGAAAUCCCCCCUGAAUCAUAUCUUAUUAUCUCAUCAAAGGGCAGUAUCUGCUUGGGAGUUCUAAAUGGUACUGAAGCUGGCCUGCAAAAUGUCAACCUUAUUGGAGAUAUAUCAAUGCAAGAUAAAAUGGUGAUCUAUGACAAUGAGAAGCAAGCAAUAGGCUGGAGCCCUGCAAAUUGUGACAGUCCACCAAAGUCGAAUAACAUGAUAAUGUAAUUAAACUAAGAAGACUAAUCUUUUAUCUUUUGGUUCAUGUUACCAUUUCAGUUUAAUCAUUCUAUUUGUAUGUGCUUUCAUAAAUAAAUGGGGAAUUAAUAAUAAGAACCCUCCCCUUUUGUA